GGGCAAAAUGGGUAAGUUUUUAGGAGGGUCUCGCUCACACGCAGGAGACGAUGAAGGACGAGCUCGAGGAAUCGAGGAGUAGUAGCAGCGGCCAUGGCGGAUCCGGGAGCCCUAAUCCUGCUCGAAGAUCCAUGGAAUCUAGUAACAGUGCCCACGGAGCGAGAUCUCCCUUGCAUCCCAGAGCAGGAGCAGCGGGCAGUGGAGCUAGAAAGCCUCCGGGCGAGGCCACUCCCACCAGGAAAUCCCACAGUCGAUUCGUGGAUCCACCGGAGCGCGUGGCGGCGCCGCUGCCCAAGUUCGGGCAAUGGGACGUGAACAAUCCCUCCUCGGCCGACGAGUUCUCGGCGAUCUUCGAGGACGCUGUGGUGGAGAAGAGGGGCGAUUCCAGAGGGGGAGGGAUUGCGUAUGGCUACUCCGACCGCGAUCGCUCGUCGUCUUCGUUUGACAGGAAGAAGCCCAAAUCGAUCACGGAACGAUUGUGCUGCUGCUUCACGCCGAGAAUUGGCUAGGUUGGAGAAAGUUUGUGGAGUUUUCUCGGUUUUUAGGAUAAUUACAAAAAAAAAUGUAGCAACGGUCAAGUGACACGUCA